GAAAUUCUGCAGUAUAAAACAUGUGCUGCUUUCCUCGUUUGAUUAUUUUUUUCGACCUCUGUAUCAUUUCACCUCUGAGGAUGACUUCAAUCUGGACAAUUCUUUUAUUUCUCAACACAAUAGCUCCAGUUCAAGCUGUGGAUUUUUCAAGACCAUCGUUUCUCUCAGUGAAAUCUGGAGAACGUGUUACUCUUAAUUGCCCAUUUGGAGACACGCUUGGUGCUGAAAUUGUGGUUUGGUUCAAGCAAAUAUUUGGAGAAAUGCCUCAAAAAGUUGGAGAAAGUUCAGCAUUUAAGGUUAUCAAUAUUUCUCCCGAGUUCCAGACAUCAGGAUUUAAACUGGAGAUGACUGAUAACGGACUUUCUCUGACAAUUCCAGAUAUAAAAAAAGAAGACAGAGGACUUUACUACUGCAGAAAAUUUAGCUUCAGGAAUUUUACAUUAUCUAAUGGAACGUUCUUGGUUGUAGAUGACAGAGAUGUAAAAGUGUCGGUGUUGCAGCGCGGCGUGUCGGACUCGGUUCCUGCAGGAGCCUCAGUGACUCUGCAGUGCUCGGUUCUCUCUGAGAGCAGAGCAGCAGAACUCCAAGUGCUCUGGUUCAGAGCUGCUCCACCACAAUCCCAUCCUCAAAUCAUUUACACUCAUCACAACAGCAGCCAUCAGUGUGAGAGCGGCUCUUCUACACACACCUGUGUGUACAACUUCACCAAGAACAUCCUCAGCCUCAGUGAUACUGGAACUUACUACUGCGCUGUGGCCCUGUGUGGGAAGAUCGUAUUUGGGAAAGGGACUCCAGUACAGCUGGAGAACUCUGUAAGACCUUUAUAUCCUGAAGUCAUCUACCUCACAGUAGCUGUUUCCGUGUGUGUGGUUGUGAUCUUCACUCAAGCUUUUAUAAUCUAUAAAAUGAGAAACUGUGAUAAAUCCAAAGUGAGACCUCAACGAGAUUCUGUGGUAGAAAAACCCACCAAUUUGGGUGCUGAUACAGCGGAGCUGAAUUACAGUUCUUUACAUUUCAGUAAGAAGAAUACCAAAAGCGUGACCAGAAAGAGAGAAAAACCUCAAGAGUGUGUUUAUUCUGAAGUCUCGACUGCCCCCUAG